AUGGACUUUGAGUUCUUGGGAAAUCGGCCGGGAAAACCAAUCAUUUUACAAACGAACGUAUUUACAAAUGGUCUCGGUGGUAGAGAGCAAAAAUUCAGUCUUUGGUUCGAUCCUGGUGCGGAUUUCCAUUACUACAAAUUGCUAUGGAACGAGCAUCAAGUUGUGUUCUUUGUAGAUGACACACCAAUAAGAGUAUAUAAGAACAACAUAAUUAGAGGUGUUGGGUACCCUAAUCAUACAUUGCAAGUGAUUACGAGCUUCUGGGAUGGAUCAAGUUGGGCUACUGAUGGUGGAAAAACGAAGGUCAAUUAUUCAAAUGCACCAUUCCACGUCAAUUUCCAAGAUUUUAACAUUGAUGGGUGCAUCUCCAUGCCUAAUAGUCCUAAUAAGGAUUGUGCUUCUCAAAAGUAUUGGUGGAACAAUAAAAAAUAUUGGCAAUUGAACCCCCAACAACUGAAAUCAUUAGAAGAUGCAAGAAAAAAGUAUAUGACAUAUGACUAUUGUACUGAUAAGAGUAGGUAUCCUACCCCUCGUCCAGAGUGUAGUUAAAAAUGAUGGGUAAUAAUAUGUAUUACAUUAAUGAGAUAUUUUCUAACUAUAGAAAUAAAACUAAAUGAUUAUGGUCCUUCAUUUCGUAAGAUGUACAAAUU